AUGUUGUUGUUGUUGGACCUGGAGAUUAUAGUAUGUGUCUCCAAGUCGGGUCGACAUGCUGUUGAGCAGCCCCCACCCCCCGACCCCACAAAGCCGCGCAUUUCCCAUGGCUGGCGACAAGCUGACAGCGGCCCGCCUUGGGGGAGAAGAGAUCUGGACAACUCGGACUGGUGUGCGUUGUCCAUGUACUGUGCCAUGGCCCUCGACAAGGGCGCCAAAGCGGGUAGCUCCAACGCACGUCUUCUCCAAGUCCCUCACGGUGCAUGUCUCGCCGCUGGUUGCCGCGCUCUGCCAUUGGACCCCGGCUACCGUACUUGGUCGAACGGAGAGACUGGCGGUGAAGAAGUGCAGUCGGUCGGUCAUCGCAUGUGCACACCACCACUUCCCAGCCUCCAGUCGCAGCGUUGCUCCCAGAUUGCUGCGGCCAACGGGACUAGUAGAUACGCAGGAGUAGUAUCGGCUCCAACAGGCUUGGUGCGCGCAAGGAAGACUGACUGGCCCUUUUUGACGGCGAUACCGAUUGGCGUCGCCGAACCACGUCCCAUCCCUCCAAGAGCGGCCACACUCUUCUGCCACGGCCUUGUGACCACUUGCGACGUCUGCUUCCCUUCGUUCGCCUCAACGCCUGCAUCCUCCUGCAUUGAUCGGUCCUCGUCGCCAGGACAGCCGCUCGCGACCUCUCUCUUGAUUCGCCGCUGCACCCAUCGAGACCUGCAGCAGACCCCGGGACGUACAUUGGGUAGUCAGUCAGUCACGCACGCCAACGACACUGCGUACCCGAUACCCACAAAGUACAUCCCUCUACCACCUUGGUUUUGCCCGCCCUCGCAGUCGCCCUCUUGCCGCUCACUCAUUGCGGUUUUGCACGAGCGCCCAUGUGCCCACCGCCGCCCAGCUCCCCCCGUUUGCGCGUCUCAAAGUACACGCAUAAUGUUCGCCGCCAGCUCUUGUCACGUCGCCGCCGCCGCCACACCAUCUGUGAGACGAAGGACCCGGCCGCCUUCGAGGACUGGAUCGGCUGAGGGUUUGCCGAGUAGAAGGAGUCUGACUUCGUGUGUGGGCAACUUCUGGGAGGCGAAGAGUCGCAUCGCAAGGGACAUGAUGGCAUGGGAGUCUGAAAACGACCAGCCAUUUGCCGAGUCAAUAGAAGAGAUAAUUCAAGCGCUGGAUUGUCACGAAAACUACAAGAUAAGGCAGACCAUGGCACGCACGGGCGCACUUUCGUUUGACCAUGUAAUCUCUACGCCCUCGUCAGAACUAUGGACUCCAGCUCCACGAUGCAACCCGAUUCCUCCACCACCAUCAUACAAUGAUUCAGUCGCAGAUUUACCCCCAGACUACACGUCCACAGAUGCGCUCGCACUAGCGCAAACACCUGAUUAUACACCUUUUUCAUCUUUCAGCGCUCCGAUAUGCUCUAAUACCCCAAACUGUUUACGAAUCAGUCAUAAUACGUCUCCAUCCUCUUCGCUUUUCUUGGACGAGAAAUCAUUGUACGUCGACAUAGAUUUUGGAUAUAGUGACAGCGGAAUCAGGUCACACGCAAAGAAAAAGCCAAAGCAAGCUGCCAAAAAAGCGGGUGCAGCAAAUCCACCAGAGGAGAAGAAAGAGGAGGAAACUGCAGGCGGUGGAGAUGGCGGUGGCGGUGGCGACCCUCCAGCUGAUGGUGGGGCCGGAAGCGGGGAUGGUGGAGACGGAGAUAAAGGUAAGAAGAAGACGAAGAAGGAGAAGGAAGAGGAAGACCGGUUAAAGAAGGAGGAAGAAGAGCGGUUGAAAAAGGAAGAGGAGGAGCGUGCGGCCAAGGAAGAGGAGGAGCGUGCGGCCAAGGAAGAAGAGGAACGCUUGGCUAAGGAGGCAGAAGAAGAGGCAGAGCGCGUGAAGAAGGAAAAGGAAGAUGCUGCCGCCGCCGCCGCAGAAUCCGCGCAGAAUAAUGACGACUGGGCGGCAAUAGGGGCAACGACUGGAAAGAAGAAGAAGGGUAAAAAGGGGAAAGCGGCUGAGGCCGUACCUCCACCUCCCCCACCUCCUCCGGAACCAUCGGCUGAUCCCGCAUACGACGACAUCGACCUGGACGACAUAGGCCCACCGAAGAUUGAUAUGAACUUCAGUGAUACUGGAACAAAGAAGGCCGGGUUUGGACUUCCAGGCUUGGGCAAAUGGUCUGCCGGGUGGGGCGGCUCAGGGAUAGGAUCUGCGAUAGGGUCUACGACCAAGGCAGUGUGGGGGUUUGACGGCGCUAAUGAUGCAAACGACGCCGGUGACAACCGAUCAGACUCGGACAAGAAAAAGAAAAAUUCUUCUGGAUUUGACUUUGAAUUUGAUACUCUUGAGCCAGGGGCUGCGAAGAAAGAGGAAGACGACCCAUCGGCUUUCAGUUUUGGCGAUGCAAAGGACAAGAAAAAAAAGAAGAAGGGCGCAGUGGAAGUGGAACCACCGCCAGAACCCGAGACCAUCGUCGAACCCGAACCCGAGCCCGUGCCAGAGCCAGAGCCAGAGCCAGAAAAACCAGCUGUCGAUCCAUUUGCGGGCCUCAGUAAGAAGGAAAGGAAGAAACUCGAGAAGAAGAUGAAAGAUGAGGCCAAGGCAAAGGAAAUCGAGGACGCACAGCUGAAGGAAGAAGAGGAAGCAGCUGCGGCGAAGCGACAGGAAGAGGAAGAAGCGGAGCGCAUCCGUUUGGAGGAAGAGGAAGCUGAGAACAAGAGGAAAGAAGAAGAAGAAGCUGCUGCUGCUGCUGCUGCCGAGGAAGAGGCAGCACGGAAAAAGAAGGAAGACGCGGAAUACAACGACUGGGCCGCUCAAACGACAGGCACUGCCAAGAAGAAAAAGAAGAAGAAGGGUGUAGUAGAGGAAGAACCCCCGCCGCCACCGCCGCCUCCUCCAGAACCUGAGGUUGUCCCGGAGCCUGAUCCAGCCCCUGUGGAAGAUAAGACUGCUGAAGGGUGGGAUGACUGGGGCUCGGCUGCACCCGUGGUCAAGAAGGGUAAGAAGAGUAAGAAGAAUGCAGCAGCGGCUGCUGUUCCAGAGCCUGAGCCGGUCGUAGUCGAAGCUGCUCCUGAACCAGAAGUCUUACCUGCGCCCUCACCCGUCAAAGAGGAAGAUUCUUGGGACGGCGGGUGGGCGGCAACAACGAUUACAGGAAAGAAAAAGAAGAGCAAAAAGGCUGCAAAAGAAGAACCACCUCCACCUCCUCCCGAGCCUGAAGCUGACCCGGAACCUGAGCCGGAACCCGAACCUGUUGUAGAGCCUGAACCUGAGCCUGAACCUGAACCUGAAGCCGCAAAGACUGAUUGGGGCCUAAGUGCGAUAUGGGGAGGUGGCAAGAAGAAAAAGAAGGGCAAACUCAUCGAGCCGGAACCGGAACCUGAGCUAGCAGGGGAAGAGGUCCAAGAGCCCGUCGACGUUGAAGAACCCAAUCAAGACGAGGAAGAGGACUGGGGCAUGACGCCAUCGUGGGGUAAAAGGCAGAAAGACCCGAAAAAGGACGCUCCUGUGGAGGUUGGUGAAGAAACCACGAUACCUGUGCAGAAGCCCGACGAGGACGAUCCAUGGGGUAGUGCAGCGUUCAACAUUGGUAAAAAGGCAAAGAAGAUCAAGAAGAGCGGCAUAAUUGCGCAAUUGUCCGGCGCUUUCGAGCCGGAGCCUGAACUGCCGCCUAUGAAGGAGAUUGAGGCCGCUCCGCAAGCAGAAGACGAAGACAUUUGGGGAACGGCUGCGACUUCGACAAAGAAAAAGAUGAAGAAGAAGGACGAAGUAGCAGAAGAAGCCUUGACGAAGACGAUAAGCAAAGAAUCGGGUGCCAAAUCUGCCAAUGACACCUUUGAAGAUCUCAUUAAUCUGGACGAGCCCCCGCCACCAGAAGAGGAAGCACCAGCUCCAGUGGAAGAGAAGAAGAAAGACAAGAAAGAAAAGGAAUCAAAAUCCGGCGGCAUCUGGAGCUCGCUCGGCAGCACAAAACCAGGCAAGAAGGAGACGUCGGCAGAGAAAAGGGCUCGUGAGAAGCGUGAGAAGAAGGAGAGGGAAGAGGCUGAAAGACUGGAAAGAGAAGCUGCGGAGAAAGAAGAGGAGGAGCGCCUCGCCCGUGAAGCGGAAGAAGCCGCUGCUGAACAAGCUCGCAUAGAAGCUGAGGAGGCCGAGGCCGAAGCAGCUCGCAUUGCAGCAGAGGAAGAAGCAGCUCGAGUGGCGGCCGAAGAGGCAGAGGCAGAGGCAGCGCGAAUUGCUGCCGAAGAGGCAGAAGCAGAGGCGGCUCGUAUUGUAGCCGAAGAAGCAGAAGCCGCUCGUCUUGCGGCUGAGGAAGCAGAGAGGAAGAGGAAGGAAGAGGAAGAAGCUGCACCCAAGAGCUCCGGAUGGGGCUCCCUCUUAGGCUUUUCCAAAAAGAAAGAGUCCACGAAAGAGAAAAGAGCUCGGGAAAAGAAGGAAGCAGAGGAAAAGGCGGCACGGGAAGAAAAGGAACGUCUUGAGCGCGAAGAACAGGAACGCCUUGCCCGCGAGGAAGAGGAACGUCUCGCAGCAGAAGAAGCCGAGCGUGCUGCUGCCGAGGAACAAGAACGACUCGAUCGCGAGGCUGCGGAAGCAGCAGAGGCUGAAGCUGCAGAGAAGGCUAGGAUCGAAGCUGAAGAGGCUGCCGAAAAGGCUAGGAUUGAGGCUGAAGAGGCGGCCGCCAAGGCCAAAGAAGAGAAAGAGGCGAGCUCUGGGUGGGGUCUGUUUGGAGGGGGUAAGAAGAAGGAAAGUGCAAAGCAGAGACGCGAACGCGAAGCCAGGGAGAAGAAAGAACGUGAGGAGCAGGAGGCCAAAGAAGCGGCUGAAGCGGCAGAGGCCGCGGAGAAGGAAGCUGCUGAGCAAGCCGAGAAGGAGGCAGAGGAGGCUGAGCUCGCCCGCAUCGCUGAAGAAGAAGCGGCAGCAGCCGCUGCCGCCGCUGCCGAACCAGAGCCUGAGCCCGAACCAGUCGUCUUGACCUCAAAAGAGAAGAAGAAGAAAAAGAAGAGGGGCGUUGUCGAGGAAGCCCCUCCUCCACCUCCACCUCCACCCGCGCCAGCGGAGCCUAUGAACGACGACGAUCUGUUCGAUCUAGUCAAGGAUGUACCAGAAGAUGAACUUCUCGCUGAACUCGGCGAGGUCGCUGCUCCCGCUGCUCCAAAAUCUGCUUCGCCGCCGAUUGCAGAGGCCAAGAAAGAAGAGUUUGGAGGUAGUGGUUGGGGAAGCGCUUGGGGUAUCUCACUUCGCAAGACGAAGAAGGUCGAGCCGAAGAUCGAGGAGCCUGAACCUGAACCUGAACCUGAAUCUGAACCUGAACCUGAAGAGCCUGCUCCUGAAGAAGAUCCCGAGGAGCCUGAGCCUGAAGCUGAGCCUGAAGCUGAGCCUGAAGCUGAGCCUGAAGCUGAGCCUGAAGCUGAGCCUGAAGCUGAGCCUGAAGCUGAGCCUGAAGCUGAGCCUGAAGCUGAGCCUGAAGCUGAGCCUGAAGCUGAGCCUGAACCCGAACCCGAACCAGAGGUCCCUGAAGAGCCUCUGGUUGUUGAAGAACCACCAGCAGAGGAACCUCCGCUUAAGAAAUCCUCUAGGAAAUCCAAGUCAGGCACUGAACGUUCAAGCAAGAGCAAAAGCAAAAGCAAACGGGACAGAUACGCCUCACCAGAACCGGAACCAGUUCCAGAACCUAUCACAGAAGAGCCUGAGGUUGAACCUGCACCAGAGGUAGAAGCUGAACCAGAACCAGAACCUGCGCCCAAGAAGUCCUCCAGAGAAAAGUCCUCCAAGGACAAGUCGUCGAGGGACAAAUCUUCAAAGGACAAGUCUUCCAAGGACAAGGACAAGAAGAAAUCUAGAAAGUCGAGACACGAACCCGAACCCGAACCAGAGCCAGAGCCGGAACCAUUCGUCGUCGUACCAGAGCCCGAACCUGAGCCGGCUGAAGAUGUGGUGCCGGGUGGCUUUCCGGCAGACGAGGAUAUGGAUAUGAUGAAUGACCAUCCUGAUGCUGACUUGAUUGACCUUGAUCACCCUGAUGCUGGUCCGGAGCCGGAGGCUGAACCAGAGGCUGAGCCAGAACCUGAGGCAGAGGCUGAUGCUGAGCCAGAACCAGAAGCUGAGCCCGAACCAGAGCCAGAAGCUGAACCAGAGCCAGAACCAGAACCAGAACCAGAGCCAGAAGCUGAGCCUGAACCUGAACCUGAACCUGAGCCUGUGGUUGUUGUUUCUGAGAAGAGGCAUAAAAAGUCAAAGAAGAGCAGCAAGUCACGAUCCAAGCACGUUGUUGAAGCUCCUCCACCUCCUCCACCGCCACCGCCAGAGUUUGAAGCUGAGGAGCCGGCUGAGGAUGAGUUUGAAAAUGCAUCCGCAGAGCGUGAGCCGACAGACGUUGAAGAUCCCGUAGAAGAAGAUGCGGAAGACAAACUGCCUACACCGCCUCCAGAGCCUGUUCCUGAACCCAAAUCAGUUUCCCCGAAAAAGGUUCGUACCAAGGUGCAUCGAAACGGGCCCUCGGGCUCAUGGGGAAUCUUUGCGCCUGGUGCUAAAAAUAAGACUCGCACAAAGUCGUCAGGUGCUGAAGAUGGUGGAAGCAGCGCGGCUCGUACAAAGUCGGUGCGCACCGCAUCGACUAGAGACAAUGAUGCCAAGUCACGCUCAUCUGGAUCCGAUAAGGUGUCGAAGGAACCGAAUAUGUCCCGCUCUAAGCCUGCACGGGCUUCCACAGGCUUUGGUGCACUCUUUGGCGUUGCGCCGCCCCCGCCAUCACGUUCCAAGUCGUAUCGCACAUCCGCAACGCCAAUGGCUCGUUCACGCCGCCCCUCUGUCGACCACGAUGUGAUGAUGUCGCCACCGCAGACCGAUACCGACGCCAAAUACUCAUCAAAAGCAGCAAGGGUCAUGGGCAUGAAGAGCUCUCGUAGAUCAAGUACCAGAGACAGGGGCAAAACUAGAGCUGUUCCAGACCCGUACCCCAUUGAUGAUGAUUUGGACGUCGUUGACGAUGACUAUCCUACGCCAACUCAGAGACCAGAGAUGUCGCGUCGUAAAUCGAAGCGCGAUUCAGCACAGCCCGUGGAGCCCGUGAGUGCGCCGCCCAGUUCGGAUGACCCUGUCUAUGUGGAUCCCAUGGACCUGGAGCCUGCUCCAGCUGAGGCUGAAAGACCCCGCCGUGAGCGCGAAAGAGAUCGCGAAAGAGAUCGCCCACGUCGCGAGCGCGGCAAUUCCGAUGCCAUGCGCACACUUGCAGGAGUUGCGGGCACCGCCGCCGCUGUCAGUGGCUUCAAGGGCAUGUUUGGACUCGGGCGCAAGAAGACUGCGCCACCAGUAGAAGACGACCGUCGUGACCGUCGCAAGAGCACUUAUGAAAACGAGGAUGAGCGUAGACAUCGCAAGCGAUCCACUGCCCGCGGCGGUAUGACGGAGGAAGAAGAGAAGCGAUUACGACAUGAACGCCGUAGUGUCAAGCGCAGCUCACGCAUGCCUGAGGUCGAGGCUGACAUGAUGAUGUCUGGUGGAAAUGGAGGCGCAAACGGCAGUGCCGAACACGAUCCAGAACGUGAAGCACGACGUGCAGAGCGAAGAGCGAAACGGGAGAGAGGAUUAGACAAAGACUCACGUCGCGCCGAGUUGGAGGAAGCCGAGGCCAAGGCUGAACGGCGCCGUGAGCGUGAGCGCGAAAUCGAGCGCACUACUCUUGCGGAAAAGAAGGCACGGCAGAUGGCGGAAUUAGAACGUCGCAACAAGGAGGCUGAAGAGCAACUACGUCGGAUGGCUGAGAAGGAGGAGCGCAAGAAGGCUCGCAUGGAGCGCAAGUCGGCCGAAGACCGAGAGAAGGAUCGUGAGCAUCGUUCGUCGCGCCGCAAGGACAAAGCCAGUGGGACUGAGCGCCGCCGAUCGCAUGCCGACGAUGAUGCAGAACGUCGCCGUCGCCACGAAGAGCGUCGUGCUGCUCGUCGCCAAUCCGAAUACCCCACGGCCGCCAACGGCGAGCCCAUUACUGACUACUUCGACGAACGCAACGGCGGGGCCAUAGCACCCAAGAAGCACCGUAGCUCCCGCGCCGCACAAGAGGAGAAGAACUCGCCCUACAUUAGCAAAGGUGCCGAUAAAACCUCCUCGUGGGUCCAAAGCCUCUCAGACGAACCGCCCCUCCCGCCACCCAUCUCCGAAACCGUCCUCGAUCCCGCCCCCGGGACACGAGAGACGCCCCCGGAGGACGAGGAAACGCCGUCACAAGACGAAGACAUUCGCCUGCGCAUCGCCGGCCGCCGCGGCCCCAAACGCGACAAGGAGCGUGCAGAGCGUGCUCGCGCCCUAGGCGAGCGCGACCGCGCUGACAAGGACCGCAAGAGCCGUCGUCGCGCCCCUGUCGAGGAUGACCGCGAGCGCAAACGCACAAGUCGUCGCACGAGUUAUGCGCCGCCUGUUGCGUACGAGGAGCCGCCUGUUCGGACGUGGGAUGGCAGGCCGGCACUCGAUCAUCCUGCGAGUGGCGGGACGAAGAGGGGGAGUUGGUUUAAGAAGAUGUUUUAG